GCUGCCCAGAACAAAGGCUCUUUUCACACCCGUGUCCCGCUGUCCCAAGCUUUCUCUGAGUCAGAAGAGAGUGGAGGGUUUUGUCAUCCUCCCGCCCCAGCAACUUAGACCCAAGGAACCCGCGCGUGGCCAGCCGGGGAGUCAGGGGCGAGGUUGGGGACCUGGAGGAGGGCCCGUGUUCCUGAGCCUUGCUAGGAUAUGCCAGGCCUUGGGGGCCAUAGCUGAGGAGUCGGGGCGGAGCUGCUGGGCCAGGCCUGCCGCCGGGUUGAGUGUGACUCCACGGUCCCGGAGUAGGGGGGUGGGGGACAGCCCUGCAGCUGGCUGGGACCCGGGACUGGUUUCCUGUCUGGAAGGGAAGGGGCCCCGAGAGGGGAUCAGGGCCAGCAGCAGCCAGGCACACCCGACUUUCUCCCUCUCUCUCUCUCCUCCCUUCUGCUGGAAAAGCGAGGCCUUGGAACAGCGCUAGGAGAGAAACUUUUGUCACAGAAGCCAAAGGGGUCUAACAGGACUGCAGAGGGACAGGGACAGACUCUGCAUUCUGUCCCAGAGCUGGACACCUCUCUCAAGCCCGGGGAGCAGUGGGAGGAGGAACUGUGGGACAACGUGGUGCCUACCUGGCCUCUCUCCGGGCAGCAAGGGAAGGGGCUUUAGGGGACACAGAGAUGCAGGACAGAUUGCGCAUCCUGGAGGACCUCAAUAUGCUCUACAUCCGGCAGAUGGCACUCAGCCUGGAGGACACGGAGCUGCAGAGGAAACUAGAUCAUGAGAUCCGGAUGAGGGAAGGGACCUGCAAGCUGCUGGCAGCCUGCUCCCAACGAGAGCAGGCUCUGGAAGCCACCAAGAGCCUGCUGGUGUGCAACAGCCGUAUUCUCAGCUACAUGGGCGAGCUGCAGCGGCGCAAGGAGGCCCAGGUGCUGGGGAAGAUAGGCAGGCGACCUUCCGACAGUGUGCAGUCUGCUCAGCACUCCCCUUGCCGUGGCCGGGUCUGCAUCUCUGACCUCCGGAUCCCACUCAUGUGGAAGGAUACAGAGUAUUUCAAGAACAAAGGCGACCUGCACCGCUGGGCUGUGUUCCUGCUGCUGCAGAUUGGGGAACAGAUUCAGGACACAGAGAUGGUCUUGGUGGACAGGACCCUCACAGACAUCUCCUUUCAGAACAAUGUGCUUUUUGCUGAGGCAGAGCCUGACUUUGAACUGCGGCUGGAGCUGUAUGGGGCCUGUGUGGAAGAGGAGGGAGCCCUGGCUGGUGCCCCCAAGAGGCUUGCCACCAAGCUCAGUAGCUCCCUGGGCCGUUCCUCCGGGAAGAGAGUCAGGGCAUCGCUGGACAAUGCUGGGGGCUCUGGGAACAGUCCCAUCCUGCUGCCUACCCCAGCUGUGGGAGGUCCUCGAUUCCACUUCUUGGCCUACACCACUCUUACCCUAGAAGAAGUGCAAGAUGGAUUCCGUACACAUGACCUCAUUCUCACCAGUCAUGAGGAGAACCCUGCCUGGCUGCCCCUUUAUGGCAGCGUGUGUUGCCGCCUGGCAGCUCAGCCUCUCUGCAUGAUCCAGCCCACUGCAAGUGGUGCCCUCAAGGUGCAGCAAGCCGGGGAGCUGCAGAAUGGGACACUGGUGCAUGGAGUCCUGAAAGGCACAAACCUCUUUUGUUACCGGAGAUCUGAGGAUGCAGACACUGGGCAAGAACCACUGUUCACUAUCGUCAUCAACAAGGAGACUAGGGUCCGGGCAGGUGAGUUGGAGCAGGCCCCAGAGUGGCCUUUCACCCUCAGCAUCAGCAACAAGUAUGGGGAUGAUGAGGUGACAAACAUCCUCCAGCUGGAGAGCAGAGAAGCCCUGCAGAACUGGAUGGAGGCGCUUUGGCAGCUCUUCUUUGACAUGAGCCAGUGGAGGCACUGUUGUGAUGAAGUCAUGAAGAUCGAAACUCCUGUGCCCCGGAAACCACCCCAAGCCCUGGUCAAGCAGGGGUCCUUAUACCACGAGAUGGCCAUUGAGCCACUAGAGGACAUCGCAGCUGUGACAGACAUCCUGGCCCAGCGGGAGGGCACAAGGCUGGAGCCGCCCCCACCCUGGCUAGCAAUGUUUACAGACCAGCCUGCCUUGCCUAGCUCCUGCUCGCCUGCUUCAGUGGCCCCAGUCCCAACCUGGAUGCAACCCCUGCCCUGGGGAAGACCCCGAACCUUUUCCCUGGAUGCUGCCCCUGCAGACCACUCCCUUGGGCCUUCUCGCUCCGUUGCACCCCUUCCCCCGCAGAGAUCCCCCAAAUCCAGAGGUUUCUACAGCAAAAGCCAGCUCGGCCCAUGGCUCCAGUCCCCAGUGUGAGAGGAACCAGCAACAGGAUCUGGCCAAGAAAGAAAAUGACCCAAGGACACCUGGGCUCUAGGUCCAGCACUGUGGGGCACCAGUUGGCCAGCCUGGGCUCCUCUUCCUCCACUGGACUAGGACGGAAGGCUGGGGAGGGGUAACGGAAACCCCUCUUAAGUUGUGGCUAUCAAGGUACAGAGGGGGACCAUUCCUGGAGCUGGCUAGGAUUCCCCUAAGCGCUUCCUGGGAGAAAACUGGAACAACUCUGCCCUAUCUGCCUGCACUAACCUCCAGGGCGGCAACGGAGAGUGGAGAUGAAAGCACCUCCCCCACCCCACCCCGUGAUCCCAAUGUCAACCAUUAAAGUUAUUUAACAGCUCGA